AUCAAAAUUCACAAUUGCCAAUUAACUUACUGGGAACAUGGACGAACAUAUCCAACUGAUAUAAAUGAUAACCGAUGAGUGUUAUUGUUAAAAAUAUAUUUCAAUUGACAGUCAAUCCCAAAUUGUCGGAGCAUGUUCUGAUAAAAAAUCAUGUCUGAAGCAAGCACAAAAGCAGUGGGCGAGGACCCGGCCAAAACAGACAGGGACAAUCUCGACAGGCUGCUCAAAAUAUUCAAUGGGGGCACCGGAGUUAACCUGGGGGACAUCCUGGUACGAGUUAUCAAGGCGCAGGCUAGGUAUGAUAGCACGCAGGAGACUGAGUAUGAGAGGGAGCUAGUUGAUAUCAUAUUCGCAGCCAUUGCAGGCUGGCGCAUCCGUAGUAUGCCUGACAUGAGGAUUAAAUUGGAGGAAGGAAAGCGGAGGGUCACUAUUAACGACACAAAACCUCUGUCCUCCACGUUGUUACCACAGCGGGUGAAGACAUUCUACAUGGACCCACGAAUAGACAUGCUGACCCGCAGAGACACUGUCAUUAUACCCAAUGUGCCAACCAAGUCUGCGCGGGCAAGGUCAAUGAUUGGUGGAACUCCCAUCACCAAGGAAACAGCAAUAGCACUACGCAAGAUAACGCUGGGAAGCACCAUCCACUCAUUCAGCCGUGACUGGCGCAAGGCUGCCCUGAUCUUCCAGGAUGAGUCCACUAAAUACCCUUUCGGUCUUCAAACACACAGGAAUGGUGCCAGAGCGUUUAUCCUGUGUUUCCAAGGUUACCUUCUAAAGCACCUGCUUUUUGGACGCCAGUACGCCUCUAGUCUAGCCACCAGAAAUGCCUUAAAGCCAUCAGAUUUUGAGCGCCGUAAAGCGCUGUGUUCUGCCAUCUGUGAGAUACUGUGGCAGGCUGGUUGCCAGUCUAGGUGCAGCCUGUGUCUGCUGCAAGACUCCGCCUUUUUUGACACAGAUUACACCUACCGUAAAGAUGGGCUUACAGAAAUGAUUAACCUGUAUGAGUUCAAGAAGUAUGUGGACCUGGAGAUGUUUGUGAAGAGACACCUCAGUCACUUUGAGCAUGAAAACUCCAAUGGCUGCAUCACACUCCUCUACAGCAUCAUCCUAUCAAGGACCAUACCAAAGAUAUAUGAGGACAUGGGUAUUCAUGAGAACCCAGACAAGGUACGUCUGCUAGCCGACAACGAGGAUUGUGUGCCUGCACUCAUUAACCUGCUGUUGACAGGCCGCGCCACCCAGUACUACCACAACGGCAACAUUAUCUAUGAUAAGGACGGUCAUUUACUGCCCCACCCCCUGCCUGGCUUGAAGGAGAGGAGUCAAAUUGGCAUGCUGUUCUUUGACAAGAAUGAGGAUGAUGAUGAGCGGACAGAGAUUGGCAGUAUGUUGAAAACGCCUAAGAGUCCAAUAUGGCUGACAUUGGUAAACAAUCAGUGGGGACUACUUUUUAGCAACAACCAUGACCUUGUGUCUGACUGGAGGGUGGAGCAUCACUUCACCUUGUAUUACUACACUGGUCUUCUACAAAAUACAUACACUGUGAUAAAUAUAGACACCAGAUACAAUAGAAGAUUUCGCGUGAAGACUGCUGUAGCUCGAAAAAUUGAGGAAGAGAAAAUACCACCUUUGGAGCGUUGCAUUUUAACCAAAUGGUACGGUGCUAAUGUGGACUGGAAUGGAGUGCACCCAUUUGUUUGAAAGAGGAGGCACCAGGGAACCAGCCUAAACCAGUUUACCAUCCAUCCUAAAAACCAGUUUACCAUUGAAUGCAACAAGUCAACAUAGUAUUGGUAGUCGAAGAGACAGUUGAAUUGAAAAUCAUGCAUAUUGGUAUGAGCUGUGAAGCAUGUUUUAUGGUUUGAACUGUGUAUUAUGUUUAAUGGUUUGAGCUGCUAAUCAUCCAUAUUGGUUUGAACUGUGAAGUAUGUAUAAUGGUUUGAACUUUGAAUCAUGUUUAA